CCCCUAACCUCUUUCUGGACAGUGCUGAUUGGCCCUGUGCUGAUCACAUGCACUCUCCCAAGAAAAGAAAAAAAACCUCUCUAGCAAUACACACCAAACUGAGCAUGUGCAGAGUGUCUCAACACGAUAUGUCUCAUUGGGAGAUAAGAGGGGGGCACUGGAAGAAAGGGAGGACCAAAGAAUCUAGAUCAAACAGCCUUUUUUACACAAUGCAGAGGAUUAACCCCUUAGGUUCCAUAGUGAGUAUAAAACAAGCAUGCUGUACUGCAUAUACAGACUGAUUUUACUGUUGUGGGUUUAGUAACACUUUAUUUUAAUGCAUUAUCUGCAUUAAGGCAAAAAAAAAAAAAACCUUCAGU